UACCCACCAAGAGGUGGACCUGCCAUCAAGAUGUCGGCAGAAGUCGUUGUUGCGUUCGACGGUGUUCGCCGGCCUCUGACAACUCUGACCCUUUUUACAAAAUCCCAAUUGUUUCCCUUCUGGUCUUACUGUGCCAGUGCAUUUCGCUGUUGUGCGCUGCCUACAGCUCCGUCUCUCAGUUCAAGUUUUCGCCAGAGUAACGGGCGGGAGGACUUGUUUCUCUCGUUCCUAUCGCAGAAACUGAAUUGAACUCUCCCCUACUAUUUGUCGACGAAACUCCCACUACCUACAACCUCGAGUCCUGAUACACCAGUUCGACUGAAUUUGAGUCUCAUAACCAGCGACCAUGGACUCCGUUCUGCGCCAGUCCAAAGCCAUGUGCCCGUUCAUGAGGAAGGCCACUGCCGCAGGGCUCCGUGCCAUGUCCACGGCGACCCCGGCUGCGACCUCGCCCUGCGGUGGCACCAUGUCCAAGCUGCAGGUGCUCGCCCGCCGCUGCCCCGUGAUGGGCAAGGCCAUGGCCAUCCAGUCUGCUCGCCUUGGCCAUGCCGGUGGCUUCCCUGGUGUUGCCACCAAGGCCGCCAUGUCCACAUUCCCGGGCAACAACAAGACUGGCAAGGCCAAGCUGCACACCAGCCGUGCUCAGGAGGCUCAGGCCGUUGAUACCCCGGUGCUCGGCGGCCGUGAGAAAGUCCAGUUACCUCCCGGCAUUCCGACCAAGCAGCAUGUCAGCGCCUCGAACCCGGCUACCGCCACGCGGUCCAGCGCACCGGUGUCGCAGGGGUCCAAGUUCGACUAUGAAGGCUUCUACAAUCAUGAGCUCGAGAAGAAGCACAAGGACAAGUCGUACCGCUACUUCAACAACAUCAAUCGCCUGGCCAAGGAGUUCCCCCGCGCUCACAUGUCGAGAAAGGACGAGAAGGUAACGGUUUGGUGCGCCAAUGACUACCUGGGCAUGGGGCGCAAUCCGCAUGUUCUGAAGACGAUGCACGAGACGCUUGAUGAGUAUGGCGCCGGCGCGGGUGGCACGCGCAACAUCUCGGGCCAUAACAAGCAUGCUGUCGAGCUGGAGGGGACAAUUGCCAAACUCCAUGCCAAGGAAGCGGCGCUGGUCUUCAGCUCCUGCUAUGUGGCCAACGAUGCGACUCUGGCUACCCUCGGCAGCAAGAUGCCCGAUUGCGUCAUCCUGUCGGACAGCCUGAACCAUGCCUCGAUGAUACAGGGCAUCCGUCACUCAGGCGCGAGAAAGAUCAUCUUCAAGCAUAACGAUGUGCAGGAUCUCGAGGAGAAGCUGGCGUCGCUGCCGCUUCAUGUCCCUAAGAUCAUCGCGUUCGAAUCAGUCUACAGCAUGUGCGGUUCCAUCGGUCCCAUUGAGGAGAUUUGCGACCUUGCCGACAAAUACGGCGCCAUCACCUUCCUAGAUGAGGUCCACGCGGUUGGCAUGUACGGGCCGCAUGGCGCGGGUGUGGCAGAGCACCUCGACUACGAGGCGCAUGUCCAAGGACGGCCCCGCGGCACCGUCAUGGACCGCAUUGACAUCAUCACCGGCACGUUGGGCAAGGCUUAUGGCUGCGUGGGUGGCUAUAUCGCUGGCAGCGCCAAGCUCGUCGACACGGUGCGCUCUCUCGCGCCGGGCUUCAUCUUCACCACCUCUCUCCCACCCGCCGUCAUGGCCGGCGCCCGCGCGGCCAUUGAAUACCAAAUGGAGCACCAGGAAGACCGCCGGCUGCAGCAGCUGCACACGCGCGCCGUCAAGGAAGCCCUGCGCGCACGGGACAUCCCCGUGAUCCCCAACCCGAGCCAUAUCGUACCCAUCCUGGUAGGCGACGCCGAGCUGGCCAAGCAGGCCAGCGACAAGCUGCUCCACGACCACAACAUUUACGUGCAGAGCAUCAACUACCCGACAGUGCCCGUGGGGCAGGAGCGCCUGCGCAUCACGCCCACGCCCGGCCACACCAAGGAGUACCGCGAAGAACUGGUCAACGCCAUCGAAUCGAUCUGGACCGAGCUCGGCAUCAAGCGCACCAGCGAGUGGGCGGCCAUGGGCGGCUUCAUCGGCGUCGGCGAGCCGAAUGCCGCCCCCGAAGAGCCGCUCUGGACGGACGAACAGCUGGGCAUUGCCGAGGCGGCGAGGACGCUGCUGCAGGCUGCUGAGGCGGAGAAACUCGAGGCUCGCAACGCCGCGUCCGGCUCGCCCGUCGUGAUGCCCGGCCUGACAGAGAGGCUUCUGGAGAGGGAGAUGAAAGGGCUGAGAAGCGCUAGCGUUUCUGCCUAGGCAGCUUCUCUUUUCGCCCCUGGUCUACUCACUCUUUCUCUUUCAUAGAGAAAGAGAGACCUCUCUUUUCUUCUGCCGGUCGGUCGGUCGGUGAACCU